AAACAUGAAGUGCAGUUUUUUGGUCGUGGUUCGAUCGCUGGCAUGGAUGUAAAUGCACAGAAGAAACAAAAAUCCGAGUUUUACGCAAAUUUGAUGGAAAAACGCCGAACGAAGGAAGAAAAACAUCAGGAGGAGCUACGAUUGGCUGGUGUGAAGAAGAAGGAGAAGAAAGAAGCAUUUGAUAACAGACACUGGACCCAGAAAUCUCUGGAGCAAAUGACCGAACGUGAUUGGCGUAUAUUCCGUGAAGACUUCAAUAUCUCAAUCAAAGGUGGUCGAGUGCCGAAACCACUCCGAAACUGGGAGGAAGCAGGACUGCCUCCGGAGGUCUACAAUGUGAUCAUGAAAAUUGGCUACCAGGUUCGCUCGCCAUUUUUAUUUUUUUAUUUUUUGCCGUUUGAUAGGAGGAAGGUUAAACACCGCCAAGGACUGUCCUGUAUGAUUUGUUCAUUCGUUUCGAUGGUAGAUUGGCACUGGCGUAUGAUAGGAGGUCAAAACUGA